CGUCGCCAUCAAUCACUGCAACUCUCGCACCCAAUGCGCAUCUCAUCCGUCGCAAGCAGCUCUCGAUCUCCAAUCGAGGAAGGUUGAUCCAACGGAGUUCCUACGAUUUUCCGUGGUCACAAAAUUGAGACUUUUCGACGGAUGUGAGCCGUCGGUGCACCGGCAGGAUGUACGUUCGCUACCUCUCCGAGGAAGAGCUCAGAGGCUUCGAGAACUACGAAUACACGUCCAAGGACACCAGCCCGCUGAGCAACUAUGUCAUGCACCCUUUCUGGGACCAGGCUGUCAAGCUGGUGCCCCGUAACGUGGCCCCCAAUGUGCUGACCUUCUCGGGCUUUGCCCUGACGGUGGUGAACGUGGUGCUGCUCUCCACGUACGACUAUGCCUUCUAUGCGUCGAGCGACCUGCACCCCGAGGCGCCCCCCGUGCCCCCCUGGGUCUGGCUGGUCUGCGCCCUCAACCAGUUCCUCGCCCACACCCUAGACGGCAUAGAUGGCAAGCACGCCCGGUACACGGGCAGCAGCGGGCCCCUAGGGGAACUGUUUGACCACGGCCUGGACAGCUGGGCGACCCUCUUCAUGCCGGUCUGCCUGUACUCGGUGUUUGGCCGGGCCGAGCUGAGCUGCUCCACCUGGCGCUUCUUCCUGAUCCUCUGCAAUGUCCACUUCUGCUUCAUCCUGUCCCACUGGGAGAAGUACAACACGGGCAUCCUCUACUUGCCCUGGGGCUACGACAUCUCCCAGAUGAUCCUGCUGUCGAGCUUUGUGCUGACGUACCUUAAGUCGUACCAGUUCUGGAAGUUCACCGUGCUGGGCUUUGGGGCUGGCGAGUGCCUGGAGCUCAUGCUGCACGGGGGCUCCUUCUUUAUGACCAUCCCAAUGUGUCUCUACAACAUUCACUGCGCGCGGGUGGAGGGCCGCCUCCGGCAGCGCUCGCUCCUGGAGGUGGUGCGUCCAAUGGGCUCUGUGCUGGCACUCUUCCUGCUGUCCCUGGCCUGGGUGCUGGCCUCCAGGGACUCCAUCCUAGAGAGGGAGCCUCGCAUCUUCUACCUGGUGCUGGGCACCGUCUUCUCAAACAUCUCGUGCCGGCUCAUCAUCAGUCAGAUGACGUCGACACGCUGCGAGGCCUUCAACCUGCUGCUCCUGCCGGUAGCCGCCUCGCUGGCCGCCUCCCUCUACCUGGACGUGGACGAGGCACUCCUACUCAAGGUCCUGGCCGUGGCCGUGACGCUGGCGCACAUACACUACGGCGUCUGCGUGGUGCAGCAGAUGUGCAGUCACUUCCGGAUCCACUGCUUCUCCCUGAAGAAGAAGCCCCCCAUCGAGUGACUAGGCGGAGUGCGGACCGCACUGUAGGCCCCUCCUUCUGCUGUGCAUGCCCCCCAGGAGGGGCUCCCCCAUUGGGCACGGUUGCCGGCCCGCCACCUACCAAAGAAAGUGCCUCUCCGCACGGUAGCGACGGCCGGCGGAAGGACGCAAGCGGCCCGUGGUACCUGGUGCCUCGGGCACGUGAUGUCUGUGGCGGGCGGAACGUUCCGUCUGCUGAGGGGACAGUGCCGUAGCGACUGACAGUGAGUGCUCGUGCCCGGACAUGCGCGGGGCUAGUCGCCACCGUUUCGUACGGCGGAAGGGUCGCUGCCGCGCCGAGGACGAGCCGCUCACGAACUGCUGAGUGUGUGACCGAUCACAAACGAAGGACCGUGCUUUCGACGCCUUACAAAUAAAGCAUUUUUGUCGACUGUGCAGGCUGCAAGCCGGCCAGUCGGCGGUUUCUCGGUA